UCUCCAGCAGCGGACUCAAGGACUUUAGCGACCACAGAAGGCUGUUCAUACCGGCGGACCAUUCAGCGCACAGGACAACUUUCAUUCGCAUCAUCACGCAUGGCUGUGCCUUUGCGCAAAAACGCGACAGUGAGAGCGGCUCGAAAGAAACUGAUGGGAUCCUGAGAUAUAAAAACAUUUUAUAAAAUCAAGCGACAAACACUACAUUAGAGUGGCUGAGGAGAAAAAUAUCUUUGCACAAACAAGGAUAUCCAAAUGCGCAGCAGGAAUAUCCCGCUGUAGAUGUUUAAGCUCUGAGGCAGAACCUGAAAUUCAGACAGAGAUGGAUCAGUGGGGAGUUUAUCUGUCUUUGCUCCUAACUUUUGCCCUGUUAGACGUUAUACUAGCUCGCACAGACUGUUUGGUGGCUGGAGACUCGUGCUCCAGUGAUGAGACUUGUAGUCCACGCUUACGUACCCUGCGGCAGUGUGUGGCCGGCAACGGCAGCAUGAAGCUGGGCCCCGGUGCCAGAAGCCAGUGUGCCAACGCAGUGUCCGCCCUCCUGUCCAGUCCAUUACGUGGCUGCCAGUGCAAACGAGGAAUGAAGAAGGAAAAGAACUGCCUGAGCAUCUACUGGAGUCUUCAUCAGUCCAUCAUUCAUGGACUCAACCUUGUGGAGAGUUAUCCCUAUGAGACAGCACAGAGGGAUUAUGAUUACGUCCGCUUGGCAUCCAUUACGGCAGACUCAGAUGUUGGCAUGACAACCGUGAAUCGCUGCCUGGAUGCAGCCAAGGCUUGCAACGUAGACGACUUGUGCCAGAAGCUGCGCACAGAAUACGUCUCAGCUUGCAUCAAACCCACUGCCAAAUCAGGCUUGUGCAAUCGGCCUAAAUGCAACAAGGCCCUGCGCAGGUUCUUUGACCGGGUACCUGCUGACUACACGCACAAGCUGCUCUUCUGCCCCUGUACGGACACUGCAUGUGCGGAGCGUCGAAGGCAGACCAUUGUGCCGAGCUGUUCCUAUGAAACUGGGGAAAAACCUAAUUGCAUUACACAGAUGAAGAUUUGUAAUGCAGACUAUGUGUGCAGGUCUCGUCUGGCACAGUUUCAGCUUGACUGCGAACCUUCGGAAACAUCUGCCAAUGGCUGCAAGGAGGGGAACUAUGGAAGAUGUCUACUCGCCUACACAGGGCUUAUAGGAAGUACUAUAAAUUCCAACUAUGUCGACAACUCCACAACCAACGUGGCUCCGUGGUGCUCCUGCUCACCAAGUGGGGGCACGGGGGAGGAAUGUGAUCACUUCCUGGGAUUUUUCACAGACAACAGCUGUCUCAAAAAUGCUCUAAAUAUGUUUGGAAGAGAAUCAGAGCAGCAAACUCAUCUCAGCACACCAAGCCACAGUAGAGGAGAAAGCCAAAGCAGCACUUCUCAACCACAAACCACUGAGACUAUGAAGGACAUUCUGGAACCAGAAAUACCUACCCAGGGUCUGGGAAAUGAACUAUUGGUUGGCCAUGGCACUCUUCCCUCCAACAGUCUCCCAAACCUGGCCACACCUCUCAGCCAAAUGCUUCAGGCUGCCUUCAGCAUUCUGUUGUUGCUCCUCCAUUGCCUCUACGGAUAUUAAACGCUGCAGGGAAGCUCGCCGAGGUACCUUUAAGCAGAUGGAAGUACCAGAAGAAAAUUAACAUGGGCUUUUAUUCCUUCUUCUAAACAUGAACAAAGGCACAGCUAUUUUUUUUUUCAUUUGUGUCAAAGCAGUCUGCUUCCACACACGAGGGGAGCCUUCUGCAGUCAUGUGCCGGUGUGUACAUUUGUACAUUGUGCUUAAGCAAGCUGAAAUGAAAUUAAAAUACAAUUUCAUGGACUAACCCUGCUACAUAUAACACAGAUGUGUGAUACUGUACAAUGCGAUGAAAUAUAUACCUGUAAAGAUUUGUUUGUUUUUAAAAUUCCAAAAGGGAAUUAUCUAAAGGAAACCAGUAAAUUUUGUGUCUGCACUGUUCUCAGUGCUUUAACUGUUCUGGAAGGUGGUGGAAACGAUUUUACCACUCUCUUUAGUUGGCUGAACAAGGAGCUCUAUUUCCCAACAAUACUGGAGUAAAGGUAAAAUAGAUUUUGUUUACACAUCCUGAACCAAAAGACCCAUUUUAUGUCCAGAAAGGUCUACAAAAGAUGCCUCCAGUUGAAGUACAUAAACAACUCUGACAUAAUUAUUUCCAUCUGUGUCAAGACUGCUGACCUUGUAAUAGGACUUUCCAUCAAGACUGUUGUGCUUUAGUGAUAAGACCUCUGUUUAUAGAAUAUAUAGGUCUUUGGUCUUUAUUUGCAAAGAUAAAGUUGCUGGACUUGAAAGGAAAUAACCAGAAAUGCAGUAAGUGUACCUGUAGCUUCUGUGCUUUGUGUUAGUGACUGUAAUACCCUUUUAUUUCUUAUGGUUUUAGUGUACAUUGCUAUACGCUGCACUCAUUGUUUUUCUGCCAAAGAAGAAAGUGAAAAUAAUUUGACAUAUUUAGUUUUCACCGACACCAGGAUGGAGCCCGUUAAAGAUUUGACAGUAAAGAAUGAUUCUGUGUUUUGUGUUCAGGAACAUGCAGUGAAUUCUGAACAGAAGCAUAAUGGUUUAAAUAAAAGUUCUCAGAUACUUAUAAA